AGACGUGAAUAGUGUGACGAACCAACUAACGUUGAAGUCACACCUCGUGGUCAGCACCUUACGUGGACUACCCCCAUUGACGUAACAAGGUACUAUAGAUGCUUUGAAGACUGUACAACACAAAGGACGUUAUUACAGAAAUAUAUUAGUCAAAGUAGAUACAAGCGAAAGUAAGACCACUGCCGCAUGGGCCAGUCCAUGGCGUACCAUUAACUAAUGUGCGUUUGUUGUACAUGACCUUGGCAGGGAGCGACGAUCUGUUCGACAUUCAGUGAUCCAACUGCCGGAUGAUUUGGCUAGGGCUCAGUGACAUUUCACUGGCCCUACAAUAGCACAGUCGACUCACCACAUUCCUCCAUGUUGAAAAACGAUAAAGGACCAAAUGCAGAUCACGUGACUCGGAGUAGACAAUGCAAAUGCAGCAAAAACAAGCGUUUUCAGGUCAUUUCAAACAGUUGCUUCUUGAGUGAAACUUCAAGCGCAAUGAAGCAAAAUUCAGAACGAAACACGGCAUUCAUAUUCUCAGACACUGAUGUAAGCACAUCCAACCAUAAGCACACAGACCUGAUUUGUUUCCAGAGCAAAUUUCUGGAAGAAUGUUAUAUCCCUCAACUCUUUUUAGCCAUAAAUUGAUACCGAGAAGCAGUAAAUACUUGAGGCGCUACUAUUAAUAUAGUGCGUUACUGUGUGACGUAAUUAGACGUUCACUUGCUCUUGUUCCAUCGGUAAGAUCUCACUACUUAGUUUCUUAUUUAAAUGACUUGGACUCGUUCUGAAGUACAAUAUGGAAUAUUACAAAAACUAUGUCUACAUGCUAUUAAAUAUGGACCAAUUCCAAAACAUGUUGCUUUUAUUAUGGAUGGGAAUAGACGGUUUGCUGAUAGUAAAAUGUUAAAAAAAUCUGAUGGUCAUUUACAUGGUUUUACAAAACUCUCUGAGACUUUACAAUGGUGUCGUGAUAUUGGCAUUGAAGAAGUAUCAAUAUUUACUUUUAGUAUAGACAAUUUCAAUAGAUCUCAUGAAGAAGUUUCAUUUUUAAUGAAUUUAGCUGAAGAAAAACUUCAAGAGUUACUAGAUAAUAAAGAUGAAUUGAAAGAAGAUGAUAUAUGUAUUCGUGUUAUUGGAAAUUUAGCAUUACUACCAGCAAAAGUUCAAAGUUUGGCCGCACAAUUAAUGCUUGUUACUAGGAAUCAUUCAAAAUCAAUACUAAACAUAUGUAUGGCAUAUAAUAGCCGUAAUGAUAUUACAAAUGCAAUGGAAAUCGUACGUUUAGGUGUGAAAGAAGGAAAAAUUAUACCUAGGUAGGUGAUGAAUUUCUUUUCUCUCCCCUCCCCUAAAAUUGAGUCAAAUUCUUUGCACUUUUAUUUAGAUUUCAUUGGAUUACUGACUUCACUAACCGUUAUCUUCCUCUUUCUGUCCCUUAGGACACUGCGGUUCUCAUGGCGAAUCCCUUACCAUACAUCUCUUUCAUUGAUACAACACCUCCCGAUUUGCAGAACUAAAAUGUUUGCAUAAUUUUCAAAGUGUUUCCAUUGAAAUCACGAACCUAUCUAAGUUAGACAACCAUUGUAAACCUAGAAGCACUGGAUGAUCGUUAGCGCAAUAUCGUGGGCUAAUUGAAUUUAGACUUAUAUAUCACUGGAUUCCGGCUCAGUGGGGGCUAAGCUUUCACAUUCGAGACCUAAAGUUUUGAGUUUAAUUCUCAGUUUCAAGGGCGUGAACGUGAACUAUUGAGGAGUCCCAUAGUGGCAUAGAACAGUCGUUCAUUGCUAUCGGUUUUUAGUUAUUGUCUAACUUAGAAUCGAUUUGUAAUCUCAACGAAAUUCGGCAAUCUACACAAUGCAAUAAUGAAAAUAUAUUCCCAAUCACUAGUGGUGGAAUCGAUAGACGGGUGGAUAAACGAAGUGGUCUUAAAUACAAUCUUACACAAAAGUUUAUCCGUUUGUUUAUUAUUCACACAUUACAACACUCUAAAUUCAUAAAUAAAAUCAAUACAACAAAACUAAACGAAAAGAAAUAGUAGAUGUAGAGGUUUGUGCUUUAAAAUUAUUUGUUGAAGAAGAAUGUAUCUGAUAUGUUUAUCAGCAUCUUGAAGGCUCUCCACAUAAAUUUUUCGGGUAGAGUAAGGGGUUAUACUAAUCUGAACAUCUUUUGCUCAGUCAUAGUGUUACCCUAACUUCACAGAAUCGGAUUUAUAAUACAUUGGUGAGAGCAGUUAUGCCGUAUUUUUUUGAGAUUUGGUUACUGUUAUGCUGAUGAUGUUUCGUUGAAUCUCUAUAUGCUUGAUCAUCAUUAUCUUUGAAGGAUUGUUGCUUCUUUUUUUGUGUUUGAUCAACAAAACUGUCAUCUCAGAAUUCUGAUUCAGAAAUGUGAUACAUUCACCCAUCCAUUAUUAUCACACAAAUUAACUUUUAUACAAUCCAUUAAGCGCUUGAGAACUUCCACAUAGAAAUGAUCAUUUACUGUUUGUUCUUUGAAAAGGAAUUCAUGGGACUAGUACUGUAGUGAAGCAGAACACAGGUGAGGACAAUCGGAUUAUAUUUAGCACAUCAUUACAGAGUUACUUGGUAAAAUAGAAAAACCAUACUAUAAUACUUAAUUUGCAAAAUGUUCAAUAAUUGUCUCGAACUUCAUUGUUCUUGCAUUUCUAUACUAAUUACAUUCUAUUGCCGUUCUUCAUUUCUUGAUCUUCCCAAUCUUCUGCUGCCAGAUAUUACAUUCGUGACUCGCGUUAUAUACUACCUAUAUCAAUAUAUAAGUAGCACACACCACACUACUCCUACUACUACCUAAUUUGCAAUUUACUUAUUUAUUUGAACACAUAAAUAUUGGUACAAGAGGGUACCAAAUAUAUAUGCGCUACACAAAAAAAACAGAGUCUUGAAUACGGAUCUCGGAUAGACAACAAAUGUCGAUAUUAAAACUUUCCAAAGACAUAGCCAGCCCUAUCUGUUGUCCGAUCUGCAUAAGUGUGCGAACGUUGAAGGCAGCCAGUUUGAAUAGUGCACGUGGUUUCAGAAAAACCGCCUCAGUAUUCGUAUUUGGUGGUAGCAUACAAUUUUCAACCAGGCAGUGACUCGAGAACGUUUAGAUAGAGCUGAAUUUCCACCAUAGGUGAGCUGCUGUAUAAGUCGAAAAAUAAGGAUACACAGAGUGGGAAUAGAAGAGAAUGGAUAAAUGACGUAGUAAAUAAUAAUAAUAAUAAUAAUAAUAAUAAUAAAUGUGAAUUGUUUGACUUUAAAUCGAAGCGAGAAUAAAGUUUUCAGUAAAUACCAUCAUUAUCAUUAUAUUUGUGUGUGGGCUGUAAUACUGCCCGAGUGCCCAAACCGAAUCAGGUGGUUUUCUUGGGGGGCCACACCUCGAGCUUUUGAGCUAAAAGUCUGAUCCAGAAGGCAGUGGAGCAUCGUGAGGAGAUGUAGUCCCAUGGUAGCCGGUGACCAAUGAUUGGUUCAUACGCCAUUUGUUACUUCAGGAUACUGGAUCCCAUGUGUACCAUUGGUUUGCGAUCCGGUUAAAGCGCCAGAUAUUCGCUUUUCGUCCUCUCAUUUUAGUAAACAACAUCCCCGUCACGAGAAGGCAGUGAAUGUGACUUCCCUAUCAGAGGUUGUAUACGCGUGGCUAUGUGAGAGCAUUUUGAGAUGGAGGGAGGACCCCCCACACACACACCUCCUCUCGGCCGUACCCAGGGUAUUUGGGGGUCACCACAAUACUAGUUUAGUUCAUUUAUUUACAUAUCUUAUACAUAGUUUAUUUUUAUCAAUUAAAUUACUUUAAACUUUAUUGAAAUUGUAUUUUCUAACUAAUUUUAUUUUUAGUGAUAUCACUCAAGAAUUAUUAUCAAAAUGUUUAUAUACACGUUUAUCAAAACCAUUAGAUUUAUUAAUUCGUACUUCUGGUGAAAUACGUUUAAGUGAUUUUUUAACUUGGCAAGUAUUAGAAAAUGAUACUAUUUAUAAAUUUAUUAAUAAUUAUUGGCCAGAAUUUUCAUGGUGGGAUUUUCUUUCAUCUAUUUUACAUUAUCAAAUAUCAUAUCUACAAUUAUCAGUAAGUAUGAAUUGUAUUGUAUAAAAAAAAAAUGAUAAUGAUUAUAUCGUGGAUUGAUUAAGGUUAAACAUGUACACUAUUGAAUGUUGGCCAGUUCAGUGGUUCAGUAGGUUAAACGUUCACGCGUAAGACUCAAGGCCCUAAGUUCGAAUUCUGUGGGUGAGAUCGUGGAUGUGCACUGUUGAGAAGUCCUACAAUAGGACGAAACAGUCGUCCAGUACUUCCAGGUGUUCAAUGGUGGUGGUCUAACAUCAAUCACUUCAUGAUCUCAAUCAAAACAGAAAUUUGUUUGUUUUUUUUUUGUAUAUUUCUAAAGUGUAUUUCUGUUGGAGACGUUAGAUCCCCAGAACCUCACUUGAGAAAGGAUCUAAUUUUGUAAUUUUAUUUAGAAAAUUUGAAUUGCUUUAUUUUCGCACCAAAGGCGCUCUUGUCACCUUCAUUCAUGUCGUGUUUCCCACUGGGAAAUGUCUUCAAUGCUAUUAGUCCGUUGAGUCUUUUAGUAUGCUAUUUGGUAACUCUCCCCAAGGACGGUUUUGUGCUGUAUAUAUUUACGUUUUGAAUUGUGUUUGUUGUUAUCGCUCGUUUUAUGGCUGUUUGCAGAAUAUACUUCCCCAUUCCAAGGUUGGAAUUCUCCCUCUAGUUAGCAGGGCUGGGAUGCAUCAAUAGCUAGCUUACUGGUCUUUGGUCACCGAGUCUUGUUUUCUCGUUCGCAGAUCAAGUGAACUCGUGAUAGCUUCAACUCUAGCAAUUUCAUUCUUCUUCCUAUCUAAUGCUGAGUGAUAAAGUAUUAUUUAACUUUUAAUUCAGAAAACUAAGUUUAUGUUAAUUAUUAACAACUUGAAAUCUGAUUUAUUUAUUGGAACACAUAAAUAUUAGUACAAAGGGGCACUGAAUACAUAUGUGCCACAUAAGUCACGAUUUACUGUGAUACAGUCCGGAGCCUUCGACCUAAAGGUCCGAUCCACAAGGCAGUAGAGCAACGUCAGGAGAUGCAGUCUCAUGGUAGGUGAGUGACAAAUAAUUUGUUCAUACGCAUUCGGGGGCAGUAACUGAGAGCCAGUCGCUUGCCGAAUGCCCUGGUACGGCCGAGAGUGGGGUGAGUCCGCUCUCCCUCUCGAAAUACUCUCACACGGCCGCGCGUAUACAGCCUCUGCCAGGGAAGUCCUACUCAUUGCCUUCUCGUGGCGGGGGUGUUGUUUACGAAAAUGAGAGGACGAAAAGCGAAUGUCCGGCGCUUUAACCGGAUCACAAACCAAUGGUGCACAUGGGCUCCAGUAUCCUGCGGGAACAAAUGGCGUAUAAACCAAUCGUUGGUCACCGGCUACCAUGGGACUGCGUCUCCUUACGAUGCUCCACUGCCUUGUGGGUUAGGCCUUUAGGCCAAAGGCUCGGGGUGUGGCCCCCUAAAAUAACCACCUGCUUCGGUUUGGGCACCCGGGCAGUAUCACAGCCCACACACAAACGAUGAACUCUAUGUCUAUGGCAACUACUUUUCUCGCUCCG